AGUAUUCGUAUACUGAAAACGACAAAGUCCAUGAUAUAAAGUAAGUGGUUAGAUGUUCUAAGCAAAUGGAGGAGAAGUGUCUAUGUCGUUCAACAUUAACAAGCUACAUGUAUGAGGAGCGGUAGAUAAACAAGUAGAUAUUUUACAUAGCUCACUAUUGCAAGUGAGACCUGUGCAGAUGAAUCAUGGAGCCUUCACAAAUGACAGUAAUGGAUACGGCCGGGACUGAAAGUGAAGCUAAAUCGAGUAUGACUCCAGGGGGCAGAAAGUUAGAUGAUCUAGCCCGUUGUUUGAAGCAGGACCCGCCUCUCCUCGAUCAAGUGAAAAUAAUGAGACAAAUGGGGGACCUCUAUAUGGAUGAAGCUAUAAUCACCGGCGACCAGGAAUGUUUUACACAUGCAAGUGGACUGUAUAAUGCAGCCAGGGCCCGGGGAAAUAUGUGUGAUCUUGAUACAGUAGACGCAGACAUACACAUGGAAGAAGAGUCAAAUAAUGACACUGAAAUUGGACUUAGCCAAAAGUUGAAGAACGUGGAAGCCACAUUUUUGAAAGAAGUUGUUGGAUUGAAUGUUGAAAUUCCGGAUAGCAGUGCAUGGUAUAUUGAAAAGCUAAAAGUAAUCAGAGAGAAUGCUAAGGAUGAGUCCACAAAUAUCCAGCAGCUGAUGAAGGUAGAUAUUGAGACGGGUGACAUGGGCAAAGAUCAGGAAAAACGGAUUAUCGAACGAUCCAAAGAUUAUUACGAACUCAUUCAUGAUAACAUGGUGAAGUUUUUUACAGGCUUGUUUGAUGAUUGUAUAAAAGUUCUGGGGCCACCCCCGUGUCAAUAUGCAAUACUUGCCCUUGGUUCGGUGGCACGUAAAGAAUCGACUCCUUGGUCUGAUCUAGAAUGGGCCAUUCUCAUAGAACCCUUACCCAAUCAGGAGCAAUGUAAAGAAUACUUCAGAGUACUACAUCACUAUUACCACCUGAAAAUCUUAAAUAUCGGAGAAACGAUUCUGCCCUCACUUGGUAUUCCGUAUCUAAAUGAUUGGUACAAAGAGCUACAGGGCAAGAGCUCAGAGAGAGGCUACUAUGAUAACGUUACGCCCCGGGGGAUCUGCUUCGACGGUAGAAUGCCUUGGGCAAGUAAAUUUCCAGCCGGACGCAAAGCUACAGAAAGCCACAAUGAAGCUCUUGAGUUGAUUAUGACUCCAGAAGACAUGGCAGCUUUACAGCAUGACGAUCGAUCAUUAGCUGAGGGCUACCAUCUCUCAGACGUCUUACUCUCUGCUACACUCUUGCAUGGCAACAUCCAGCUUUUGCAUGACUAUCAAACCAGAGUUUCCCAUAUCAUCACACAACCUUCUAAAGUAGAUCCAGCAUUCACGGUUGGUCAAGUUCGAGCUUUAGCGUCAUUCAAAGGUGAUUUAGACACUUUUAAUGCGUCGCCUUUCACACCAUAUUCCCUAAGUCGCCAGCUGCAUGCAAAGAAAGAUGUCUAUAGAUUCGCAACAAUGACCGUGAAUACUUUAAAACUGAUGUACGGUUUAGCUGAAUCCAGUGGUUUGGAGAUCCUUGAUACUCUUGUCGCCAAUGAGGUGCUGUCCAAAGAAGCUAGAGAUGACCUCGCCUUAAUGAUUUGCAUCGCAACAAACCUCCGCCACAUCGUGUACUCCAAAAAGAACAGGCAGAGUGAUGACAUAUCAUUUAUCCAACAGAGUAACACCUCGGACUCCCUAACAUUUUCUGUCCGAGACUACAGUGCCAUCUAUCGCUUUUAUUACACUUUACGACCUCUUGUGGAUUUUCUGACGAUAGAUAUAGAACGCGUGAAACAGGAAAAAUCAUCUUUCAGAUUCUGGCCGAGAUUCUUUGACAACAAUGCCAUGGUAAAAGGAAACUUGCAUCAAAACAUGCAAUUUCUUGGAAAUGCAUUAGCUUCUUUUGAGCAAGCAGAGCAUGAGCUUGAAGAGCGUUAUAAUACAGCCACGGCUGGUCUCGAAGACACUCUUAGCAUUUGUGAUGUGAAAUGCAAUAUUGGAAGAUUACUUACCAAGAUGGACAAAUAUGAUAUGGCAUUUCAAAAAGCUAAAGGAGCCCGGGUAAUUCUACAAAACUUUGCAAAACGGGAGGUAACUGACAUCAAGCUUAGAAUAUCAGUUGCUGGUGUAAAGAUCAGUUCACUUCUGGGAUCAAUUGCCAUGGCAAAGGGCAACAAUCAAUAUGCGAUUGAUGUUCUAAAACAAACUGUAUCUGAAUUCGAAAAUCCAACCGAUAUAUCGGAUGAUGUUGAUUCCCGUUCACCAAACGAGGAUGAAGCGUGCAUGAAUGCAAUGUGUACUGCGUUCAACACGCUUGGCAUGGCAUACAGGAAAGACCGCGAUUAUUAUCAUACGCUUAAAUGCUACGAAAAGUCAUACCAGAUUAGCCGGAAAAUGAGUAAAGGGAAAGAUGCUGAACAGGUAGCUGCAUCAUUGAAUAAUAUUGGCAGUUUGUACUAUUCCAUGAGAGACUGGGACCAGGCCUUUGACUACCAAAAUAGAUCGUAUAAUAUGUAUCUCCGUAUCUUCGGCAAUGACCAUGGCGAUACAGCCAAACUUUGCAACAACAUGGGGAACACAUUGAAGAUGCUGAAACAGUAUGGAGAAGCUACUGAAUAUCUCAGCAAGGCGUUAAGAACCAGGAGAACGUUGGCUCAGAAUCGUCCCAAUUCCAGUGUAGGCAAGACGCUCCGAAAUUUAGGAGAGGUGUACUUUGAGUAUGGACGUUCAAAACACGAAGAUGCCAAAAUUUGCUUUGAAGAAGCUUUGGCAAUAUUCAAAGAAAUACACGGCAACGUUGAGCACCCGGAUAUCAUUGCAGCGCAGAAAGCAUUGCAACGUCUUUUGUAACUCACAACUUCUAGAUCUAUAAGGUUAAAUCAAAUUUGAAUGAUACCCAUAUUAUAUAGAUGGGUUAAUUUUUAAAUCCAAUGAUCAAUCACUCUUCAAACUAGUAUCAAAACGGACAAAAUUUCGGAAAUUCGAAAGUAUGAUUUUUCUCCUUAUUUCACGAAUUGUAAUUUGUAGGCACAAUCUUCACGACAUUUUGAUCACAAACGUAUGCCAGUAUCAUAUGUUUAAGAACAUCUACACGUUUGCUAACAAAUAGUUCAGAUGAAGAAAUCAUGGAUAUGAUACCUUACUAUUAUUAUGUUAACAAAACCGGAUUUUAAGUGCAUAUUUUAACCGUUUUACCGAAGUUCCGUUUACGUAAGUGAGGUAUUGCAGUACAUAUCGUCUUCUGAACUAUUUGUUCGCAGACGUUUAGAUACUGACACAUAUCUGUAACACAUGCUCCUGAUAUAAGGAAAAAAGAUAAAUCAUAACUUCGAGGUUCCGACAUUGAUGAUGUAUACGAUCAAUUUUA